AUGUCUUUUAAUGGACAAGAAGUCCAAUCAUUUCCUAAUAAUCACACACCAUUUGAAUUUGAAAGUAAAGAUAUUGCUUCUUUAAGAACUUUAAUUAUUGAUAAUUAUGAUUCUUAUACUUUUAAUUUGUUACAACUUUGGGGCAAUGAAACAAAUAAUGAAAAUGUAGUUGUUAUUCGAAACGAUCAAUUUUCUUGGAACGAAUUUAAAGAGAAUGUCCUUCCAUAUUUUGAUAAUAUUAUAAUAUCACCUGGACCAGGUAGUCCAGUAACCCCUUCCGACUUUGGAAUAUGUACCAAAGUGUUGGAAGAAUUAGAUAUUCCUAUACUUGGUGUAUGUUUAGGACAUCAAGGAAUAGGUGCUACGUUUGGCGGUCAGUUAAAAAAUGCAAAAACGAUUAUGCAUGGAAGAUUAAGUUUAGUUUAUCAUGAAGAAACCUUUGAUUCCAUGUCUUUAUAUUAUGGAAUUCCCAAUCCAUUUUGGGCCGUUAGAUACCAUAGUUUGGUUGUUGAUAAUAAAGAUUUACCGUCUGAAUUAAUCAUUUCGGCCUGGUGUUCUGAUGAGAAUGGUUCAAAAACACCCCCUUUCAAGGAGUCUAGUACAAUUAUGGGUCUGAAUCAUAUUAGUAAACCUAUUUACGGUCUUCAAUUCCAUCCUGAGGCAUGA